AUGAAUGCGCUAUCAGGUGGCCCAUGGAGGCCUUUUGGGAGUUACCUUAUGGUGCAAGCAUGGACGCCUGAGUUUGAUCCGCUGAGGGAUGAGAUAGUUACGACACCGGUCUGGGUUCGUUUAGCACAUAUCCCAGUUAAUUUUUAUCAUAAAACGAUACUGAUGGGGAUUGCCAAGGGGUUAGGAAAACUAAUUAAGGUUGAAUGCACCAAGCUAAAAGUCGAAAGAGCUAGAUUUGCGAGAAUUUGUGUGGAGGUUAACCUUAAUAAGCCAUUGAAAGGGACAAUGAUGAUUAAUGGCGAGAGGUACUGCGUAUCAUAUGAAGGAAUCUCGGCGAUCUGCUCGUCAUGUGGUAUGUAUGGAUAUCUAGCCUAUUCAUGCCCACGUAAGGUACUGGAGGAAACUCCUAUAAAUGUUGUUGUUCCAGUGGACAUGACACAAAAGAAUAUGGAGGUUGCAGGUAUGGAUACAUAUUUUAUCCCAGUGAGACAGGCGAGGAAAAGGCUAACUCAGAAUGGGCAGAGAGGAGUUACACUGCGGAGUAAUGAAAGUAGGGAGAUGGUAGGAAAUAAGACGUUGAUCGGUAGUAAAAGUCGGGGGGCUCGUCAAGAGAGUAUGUCGGAGGAGAUAAGGGUUUCGAAUAGGUUUGGAGGGUUGAAUGUGGAGGAGGAUAUGGAGGAAUAA